CUGUAAAACAUAGACAUUAAGUUAAAUGACAACAUUCAAACAACCGCCAAUUUUAACUCGAAUAGCAAGAUGGCAACAGAGAGAUAAUACAGAAAUUCGUCGAUAGAUGGCGCACGAUUCGCUGAACGUUUCAAGCAGUAACAUCGGCCGCCAUGCCAAGUGGUUCAGUGCAAACAUCAUGAUGUGGCAUAAUGUUGGAAGUUAGAGACGUAUAGAAGCCGGUGACGGCUAUUUUUCGUAAUGUAAAUUAUAAAUGCCUCUCUAUCGUUCUUCGGAAGCAUUGCGUAGUCGCUCAAAACGCAUCGAUUAGUGCGUUUGUUCGUUGUAGCUCGGUCGCUACUUCACGUAUAUUCCAUCUCACGGAUCCUAGUUUUUUGCUGAAGCAGCAAAACGAUAAACACGAUGAUGGAACCAGGAGCUGUGCCAGAACUCGAGGAACUGACGCUAUGCACGUUCUGCAAGCAGAAAUUUAAUGAUUCUGACUUGUGCCCGAAGUUCCUAAGUUGCAAACACUACUUCUGCCUCAAAUGUAUCCAAACUGCACUGAUGAAGGGGCGUGAGGUUUACUGUGUUCACUGCUGGAAACGAACUGAACUUGGCGAGCAGGGUGCGGAUACUCUGCAGACAUAUGGUGCAGUCUUGACACUAACAAAGAAUUUAACUGCCCUUAAGAUUGGACCUGGUAGUGGCAGUAAUGCUGUGGGUGGCAACAAGCCCCCAGACAAGGAUCGCAAGGUUCUUCCAAGUGAAAACUGUCACACACAUGGAAUGCCUCUUGCUCUCUGGUGCCACACAUGUUGUGCUGCUAUGUGUCGCGCGUGUGCCACACAGCAGGAACAUCCUGGCCAUCAAAUAAAAUCACAGGCUGAAGCGAAGGAUCAGCUUGUUACUGAGGUGCACAAUGAACUUCAUGCUAUGAGCAAGAUGCUGGGUGAAAUACAGCGUUUGGCAAUGCAACAGCGUGACUUCUUGCUCAAGGUUUUGGAAGCAUGUGUAACGCUGAAGACACAUGUGGAAACAGAUCUACAGUCAGGUUGGAGCCAUGUACCAGAGGUGGCUGAAGCACGUGAAGCUUUAGCGAAGGCAAGAGGAGGCCUAGCUGCUGUAGACGGUCCUGCUGCAGCCCACGCACUGUACGCCUCGCUUGCACUCGAGAAGCAACGACUGCAGGGCAAGUACCACGAAAUGUACCUACAAUGUCAGCUCGACGACCUCAUUGGGAAUUCAGGUGUUGUGUUCGAUUUUGGAUUGCUGAAGCAGGCCUUGGCAGGCAUUCACUCUGGCGAACCCCCUGCUGUUGUAGCUGGAGGACAGUCAGGACGACUCCCACCACAAGCACACCAUGCCACAACUGCUCAGAAUAACCCUAUCCUAUUCCUUGCUAAUUAUUGUAUGUCGCAGCUGUACUCUCGCCAUGUGUUAACAAAACAGCAGCAGCAGCAACAACAACAACAGCAGCAGCAACAACAACAACAGCAACAACAGCAGCAGCAGCAACAGCACCAUUUACAGCAGAAUGGAACUGUUGAGUACCACCCACAUCACCCGCCAAAUGCUACUGCCAUGCCCCCACCGCAUCACCUAGUUGCAGCUCCUCCGCAACACGUUAUGGUAGCUGCACCUCCGCCCCAGCAGGCCGGGCCAGGGAAACCACCACCUGCUCUUCCCCCACAUGCGCAACCUCCGCCACCACCUCCAUAUGCUCAAGAUGGGGGAGUGGUAGCUGUCCAGGUCCAGUCACCGCCACAACCCGUUGUUCCGCUCAACGUUCGUAACCCGACUGGACCGUACCCUCUUUACUACUUUAACAUUGAUGUCAACGGGACUCCGCAAGGGCGUAUUGUAAUUGAGGUUCGUCCUGAUGCUGCUCCAAAAAUGGCGAAAAAUUUUGGGGUACUUUGUACAGGGGAAAUGGGUGUGAGUUACAAAGGUUGUGCUGUUUUCCAGUGCUGGGAAGGAGAGUCUGUAAUUACUGGAGAUUUUGAGCUCAACAAUGGCAGAGGAGGGCGUUCUAUUUUUGAGGACGGUUAUUUUAUGCCUGAUGAUACGAAAUUCCCAGCUGUGCGGGGUGCUGUGGGAAUGCGCCGUACACAAAAGCGUCAUGACAACCUCGGGAUGGUUGGAUCACAGUUCCGGAUCAUCUUGCAGGAGAUGAGAGGCUUCACGGGAAUCUUUGGGCAUGUUAUUGAAGGUCUUGAACUUGUUGAAAAAAUUUCCACAUUUGGCGAUCAGACGGGAAAGCCGACUAAAACCAUUGUGAUUACCAAGUGUGGAAAGUUGUAAGAAGAAAAAAAAAUACUCGCAAAUAUUACGCUAUUUUGAGUUGACCGGAGUCUAAAGCAUAUUGCCAAUUAUAUGCAAAGAAGAUCGAAAAACAUAUGGGGUAGUCUGUCUUACGUGUGUAGUUUACAUAAAGCUGACGCAGGGUGGGGGGUUUUAUCCGUGAUGAACGAAUAUAAAUAUAUCCAUAUAUAUGUAUACACACACACACAUAUAUAUACGUCUCAAAAUCCAAUCGCUACACAUUUUGCAGCAAGUUGUUAAAAAAAAAAAGAAAAAAAAUCUCAGCUAUCUAAAGCUGAAUUAGUUAUUCUUUAGAGAUACAUCCACAGUAGGUGAAUGUACAAAAAGUAGAAGUGGCAAGACUAUUCUUAUUUUGGGGAAGAGUAUUUCUGUUGAAUCUUUUCCUUUUUUUGUGUAUAGAAGCUUUGCUUAUGUUUGCCAUACACUAGAGUUUUUUUGUUUGUUUUUGUUCAGUUUUUUCCUUUGAAAGGAAAGGGGGAAGGACUCUUCAGACUUCGUAUGGUUGAUCUCAAGUGUGGAAUUAUAAGGGCCUAAAUAGGUAGAAAACUUAACGGCUAACUAAAGGGAGUGAUAGGGAAGAGAGAGUGUGUGUGUGUGUGUGUGUGUGUGUGUGUGUGUGUGUGUGUGCGCGCGCAUUUGAAAGAAGGCUUUUCUUUUCUUUUUUUGAUUUGAUUUCUUUUUUGAGUCGUAUUCUUCCCUCCGAUUCUUCGAAGAUUUUUGGAAGUUCGAAACUAUCGAAGCGUAAAUGUACUCGCAUUCAUUCCUUCUCAGUAAUCGUGAUUCUGCCGAAUAACUGUUCGUCCACCCGCAAUCACUUUACCGGUGUCUGUUGAAUUUCGAAUGUAGAAUAGAUGAAUAUAUUACAUCAGGUGCAUCUUUUUAAUCGUUGCCUGGUAAUCGUCGUUUCGAAAUCGUUAUCGUAAGCAUUAGUUUAUUUUUUAGAUGAACAGAGAAAAUGUACGAUGGAUCCAUUUCGUAUUACGUGUGUAUUAUACCUCUAUUUCAGAACAACUGUAACAACGUCGUUUCUUUUAGAUGGAAUGCAUAACUGCAGAUGUAUAGAAUGUCCUCUGGGGAUGUAAAGAUAAGCAUUGCCCUGUAAUUGGAUGAACAACUUUACCCUCAAGUUUUUCUCCAACAAUUUGUUUUAGUUAUAGUGAAAGACAUUUGUAAGCUGAGAUCUACAAAUUGAAAAGUUAUUUUUUCUCCUUUUUUACAAUUUGCGGUGUUGCAAUACGAUACCACCUGUCAGUUUUCUGUUAAAUUAGAAAAUAUAUUUGUAUGUUUAAAAGUUACAUUAUAUUUAAAGUCCAUGUUGACCUUUGACAACCAUUUAUCAAGUGUAAAUUGUGCACAAUAAUGCCAAUGCUGUCUGUCACUGCACGAAGGUUGCAUAAUGCGUAAGUUACAUGUGACAGGAAUUUUAUUUAUACAAGUGAUGUUUGUUUUGGUAACUGGUUGUCAGGAUAAAAUUAUCCAAAAAUUACCAUCAGAAAACCAUCCUUAUUUGUGCCUUAUAAUCUUAGCUGCAGAAUGCUUCCCUAGUUUUAUGACAGUGGUGUUAACUUUGUAGCUCAUAGAUAGAUGAGUAACAAAGAAGGUAACAAAAUGUAUUGUUAAAAUGUCAUAAGAAACAUCCUUGUUAAACGUCCAAAAAUAUAAUUAACAAAGUAUUAUAAGUCUGUGUACCUAAGUGAAAUCAAAGUAUACAGAACGUGUUCCUGGCACUGUCGUAGUACUUAAAUGUAGCUCGUCUCCUCAAUUUUUUUUUUCCUCUCUCUCUCUCUGUGUGUAUUCUUUGCAAAAUCUAUGUGGGCAUGAGCUUCUAGUGCCAUACUGUGCCAUGAAGGCAUGGAAGGAAAGAACACAUUCCAGACCAAGCUGUCAUGUCAAGGCAACACUAUGCCAUAUCAAGUAACUGUGCAAGAAAAAGGCAGCGCUGUGCCAAUUACAUUGUUAAAGGAAACUCCCUAUGAGGAACGUCAUUGAUCAUCUUGCGAUAUCAUUCAUUGUUGCACUGAGAAAGUGCCUUAAAAUUUUGUGAUAAAUCUCGUGUAGCUCCGUUCGAUGGAAAUACAAGCAUAAUGGGAAAA